UUAGAGCUUAUCUCGCAUAGCUAUAUUUGGUGUUCGGCCGAGAAGAGGCAGGAUCUCUGUUCGAUGUUUCCCUCUUACACUGGAGAUGUUUUGUUACUUGAUUCUAACCAGCUGAACAUUACUGCUAAUAGACACGUGCUGAAAUCUGCCGUGAUACCCAACUUCAUUUUUUUCAAACACAAGAAAGAGGAUUCCGAGAAAAACUAUCGAGACUUAAUCACUUUAGCGGAGGACACAGGUGCUGUUUUUUUGAGCUGUUCGGGUGAAAAAAAAGCCGCAGAUUUUCUAAAGAAGUGCCCACGUCGUCCUUUGAAAGAGUUCCUCUUGAAGAGAGAGAGAAAAAUUAUCCUUUAUGUUUAUCAAAUAUGGAAAGAAGAUUUUGACACCUUUCCGACUGAAAUGCUGCGAGAGCUCAUUUCAUCAACAACAGAGUCUACUCUGGUGAAGCGCAUCGGUGAUCCGUUGAAUGAACAAGACAACGAAACAGCUUCGUGUUUGACUAAAAACACUAAUCGUAUCACUGAUCCGACUCCAAACAGCCUUUCCUGUGUGAGGAACAUUAAUAUUGCCAACUUAGAAAGGCAAGAGAUGAAGGUACUGGCUGAUUGCUUACCAGUUUGCACUUCUCUGCGGUGUUUAUUUAUUGCUGGUAAACCGUGUGAAACCAUUGAUGCUCAGUUGGCAGAGACCCUGGUGUCUCAUAUCAUCUUCACUGACAGACUCGUGAGAUUAAAACUUGAAAAUAUCAAUUUAACAGCAAAACCUGCCGCAGCCAUCGCCAGAUCUCUGCACCAGGCUCCUAGCCUGUGCUAUCUCAACUUGUCACAUAACCCUCUUGGUGAAGGAGUAAGUGUUCUCACUCGACAUCUUUGCUGUGUUCCUCACCUGGUGGCGCUGUCGCUUGAUGAUGUUACAAUGACAAAGCAACAGGUGAUAGAUUUGAGUGCAGCUUUACGUCAGAGUAACAUCCCCUGGUUGCGGACACAAUACCACGAAAAGCUUGACUUCAAUGGAAAUGUGGUGUUUUUCUGGACACUCUGAGAAAAACUUUUGAUACCCGAGUAUUCCCCUAGAAAGAGCUUAAUGAAAAGUGUUUGGAAGUUUUUUUAGA